ACGCCCAGUUCCGGGCGUGAGGCGGCCACUGGGAAGAGGAGAGCGCGGCAUCUGGAAACUGCAAAGUCAGAGCCGCGAUGUUCCGGAUUGAGGGCCUCGCGCCGAAGCUGGACCCGGAGGAGAUGAAACGGAAGAUGCGCGAGGAUGUGAUCUCCUCCAUACGGAACUUUCUCAUCUACGUGGCCCUGCUGCGAGUCAGUGAGUGUCUCCCGGGCUGUGACUGUGAGACUAGCGGGGAGCUCACCGGCGGGCACCCCUUAACUCUACAUACAGGCCAUCGGGGCCCUUGAACUGAGCUGAACGGUAGCGGGGAGCGAGGAGGGUACGCGUUGAGGGCGACGGGCAUAUGCGCGGUUUGAGGUCAGCGGGUCAGG